GUGUAGCCCAAGGUAGCGUUUCUUCCUCGCAAAUCUACUCAAGUAAAAGUAUUUUCUCCAAAGGGUACUCAAAUGUAACGGAGUAAAUGUAAUGCGUUACUACGCACCUCUGAAAAUAAGUAGCCUCGAAUUCUAGUGAAGAGCCGCCGUCACACAGGAGGAGGGGCCAGUACAGAGUUGGAGCUCGGGACAUGAAGAGCGUGAGGAAAUGAAGAGGAGGACGCUGGUGGCCGUGUGUGUGUUCGCUACAGUCGCUGUUUGGGCGUCCGACUCGCCGGUGUCGACCACGUCAGAGCCGGGCUCGCCGUCCGAGUCCACCGCCGUCACGGCCGCGCCCGGUGAUAUCGUCAUACUGCCGUGUUACUCGAAGGAUUCCGUGAGGCCGUCCCGGACGCGCUGGCUGAAAGACGGAAGCGAGCUGGGAGAGUUGCGCGCUUCGGAGGCGGUGUCGGGCGAAGGUGACGGCGGCCAGAGGCGGCUGGUCAUUUUGGAGGACGGCAGUUUGAAGUUCCAAACCGUGGCUGGAGGAGACGAGGGCGUGUACCUGUGUGAAGCCACACUUCCGGGGAGCAUGACGUGGCGAGCACGUGUUGUACUGCAGGUGGCCAACGUUCCAGCCCGCCACCCUGAGUGCUCAUGGCAUCUGGAGGCGGACUCCGCGGAGAUGCGCUUCAGCUGCUCUUGGCCCGGAUGCUAUCCAGACCCCAUGCUGAUCUGGAGCCAGGUCCAGGACGCGAACCAUGAGAGCGGAGGCUUCGUGCUGGCCUCGGAGGUGGCAUCAGUCCUGCAGGUGUCGCUAAAUCGCUCUCUCCUGGCUAAAGGGCACACGCUCAGAUGUGUUGCCCAACACUUGAAGCUCACCACCGGACAGAAACGCACUUGUUCUCUUACGCUCGCGAUGCCACAUCCCGAAGUUUCCCCGCUGGUUUGGGCCCAGAAAGGCAGCAACGUGACACUUGUCUGCACUGAAGCUUCUUCUGCGCCGCCCGCCAACACAACCUGGAGCCGAGCACCGAGAGGGGCGCCGCUGGCUCCCGGCGCCAAGUACGCACUAAGCCAGGACGGGGCCGCCUACAGUCUGACAAUCGUCAACGUCGGCUGGGACGACGAGGGUGACUACUUUUGCCAGAGUGAGAACCCGCUCGCCCUGCGGCAGACGGAGGUGUACCUCAGCAUCAGGGCGUCGACCGACUACACGGGCGCUAUCGUCGGCGUCUUUAUCGCCACGCUCAUUGUGGGCCUUUCCGCCGUUGUGGCGAAGCUGCUUUUUGCGAACAGACAUCGCAUCUGCCUGGGAGGACCUUUCGGGCCCUUGGAAAGCGACAGAAGUGACGUGCUGAGUCUGGUGGAUUCUGACGAAGAGCAGAUCUUUCAGGCGGCUCCGCGCCUCCCUCCGAUAGCGGACGCGCGGCCUACCGCGAUGGUUCAGAUCCACCGCCUCCCGUCCGGUGAGCAGGAGGAUGCCGGGAACCAAAGUGCCAGGGAGGAGCCGCAGCAACUGGUGACGUUGUAGGUGUCGGUUGCAUUUUUUUGUAUGUCCUUAGGUGUUUACUCCCAGUCAGAAUGUGGAGGGAGUACCUGUUUUCUGAGUUGCUGUGAAUACUGAAGCUUAACACCAACGUAGUUCGUCUUUCGAGAUUCAGACAAGCUGGAGGACUUUUUGACAAAUAGUUUUCAAGUUGACAUUAAAAUGCGGACAGCUGUUAAACACUUCAAGGCAUACAAGCCGAGGACGUAGGUUUGCAAAGGGACGGCAGGGACAUAACAUCGUUUCAGGAUGCUCAAAUUGUCCCCACCAACUUUUAAGCAACCUUAUUUGCAUUAUAUAAUAAGUUCAUUCAUAUAGGUAAUUUAGAUUCUUCCCAUAUGUUGUAAGAAUAGAAAUAGAAUUGACCCUACCAUUUUUAAGUGGAUUAUUUUCAUUUGCUGAAUGUGCAAUUUUUUUCCCUCCCAAACACAUGUUUGAUUGGCUGAUGACUUGCAUUUACCGUAUUUUCCGCACCUUCAAUGAAAGGCCUAUUUUAAAACUGUUUUCAUAUAUAGAACACACUGCAUUAUAAGGCGCAGUAGUAGUUGUUGGGUUGCGCGUUAAAGGGAAUGUCGUGCCAUGAUUAACUAAUAUUGAUCCAUAUACAGUGGUAUGAGAAAGUAUCUGAACCUUUUUGAAUUUCUCACAUUUCUGCAUAAAACCCCCAUCAAAUGUGAUCUGAUCUUUGUCAAAAUCACACAGAUGAAAAAACGGUCUGCUUUAACUAAAACCACCCAAACAUUUGUAGGAUUUCAUAUUUUAAUGUGGAUAGCAUGUUGGUUGGUUGGUUGUACAAGUCGAACCAAAAUGGAUUUUAGCACAUGGCAAAAAAAAAAGCCACAUGGCAAAUACCACUUUUGGUUCUCGCUGUCCCUCCAAGUUUAUCCAUUCUUACGCCCCCCCCUGAGUCUUUGGUUUCGGCAAACAUAUGAAGAAAACAUCCUUCAUAUGUCGUAAUGUCUAGAUGUUUGUACAAGUUCCAUAGCAGCAGUGUUUACUCGCUUGUUCUUUUUUAAAAGAUUAUCGGCAGAAAACAAGCAGUAGUGGGUUGUAUGCGAGCGCACCUCUAUGUUGACCCCCUUCCAGUUUACAGUGGUGACGUCACGCAGCCUUGCGGUCUAAAAAUAGCAUUCGUGCAGUACGCUAUUAUAUUUAACUUAUUUAUUUAGACGGAAAUUGUUGAGUGGUCUUAAGACACGUGUUUCUUUUUUGCAUUCCUGGAUAGUUAAGAGAUUAUUAACAAGUUUGUAUUUAUUGUGAAUGUUGAUAUAUUACCAUUAAAACUUGCUAAUAACAUCCAGACAUUUAUUCUGGAAGUUUUCAAUCAGUCAUUACAGAUUUAUUUUGCCUUGAUCAUUUAGCCUAACAAUUAAUUAGGGUCAUAUUGGCGAGAAAUUGAGCACACGUUCACCCAAUCUGUUUGGUUUUAUUAACGUCCCGUCUCCAGCAAAAAGUGUACAUGCAGAUUAUGCUGUUAUAUCAUUCCUACCAAUGUUGAGACCAAACCUACGCCCUUGAUACAAACGCAUCCUGCCUAUCGGUUGUUAAAACAUUUUUGUUGUUGUUUUUUUACCCCCUCAAUGCAAUUGUAAUGAGUCACCCAUCAUUUUUAUAUCUUCGCUGCAUCAGUUCCAGUUCAUAGACGGUCCUGGCUGUCCACUGGUUUUGAUAAUAGUUUUGAAUGAAAUUAUUUAUUCAUAUUAAAAAAAUCUGUAUUGGUAUAAUGAUUGCAUUUGUUCUUACUCUCCAAUUUGUUAUAAAUAUAUUUGAAGAUUUCAGUUAAAAUGCAAAGACAUUUUCAAUUUAUUUCUAUCCAUUUUUCCUUUCUCAUUCAUUUCUAAGGUGAAGAAUAUUUUAAGAGAAAAAAAAAAACAAGGUGGUUAUUUAUUCUGCUUAUAUGACGUCUUAUUUUUUCUGAAUACAUUUUCUAUUCUCUGACGAUAAAGAAAUAAAGCAUUUU